UCUGUCUCUUCGCGGAUGCCUGGUCCCCCCCGGCCCCUACGUUGCGUUCCACCUCCAGCAAGACGCGGGUAUGCAGAUCCAGCCCGCGGCAGGCCGUGACAUGGCAUGCCAUGGCGUGGCGCGGCAUACCUGACCUCAGCACCUUUUUCCUACGCACUCACGCACCCAACUGAGGUGGUCGCACUCGCACACACCAUUCACCAUCCUGUCUUUCAUCUCGUUAGUCACUCAUUCAGUCUGCGUGUUCACCCACCACCCACCACCCAGGAUACCUACCUACGCCUCUCGCUCCCCCACCUUUUCUUGUUCCCCAAGCUGGACCCCAGCACGUCAGAAGGGCCGGGGCCAGGGAAGCUCGACCUACAUGAUGCCGGUUCCUGGGUCACUGCCAGCUGGGUAUUACCAUCACUCACAUAUUGCCCUGCCUCGCCGUACGGGUACUAGGUACCUUGCCGACUUUGAUCUGUUUGCGAACCAAAGCUCCUCCGGCCCGCUGGUCUUACUCUCUUCCUCUAGUGAGCGAGAAGGAUCUGAAGGACGAGUAGAGCUGCCAGAAUGCUGUCUUUUUUGCAUUAUU